UCAUUGUUAUUGUCAUCACUAUUGCAUUGACAUUGUUGCUAAACUGCGCGAUGUGUGGCUGCAAAUGGAGGAGUUUCGUGCGUGGCUGCGGCGUGAUCCGGACGACUCCUACCGGGCGCACUGCCGCUUCUGCAAAUGCUGCGUAAACACCAAAAUAAGCGAUCUGCGUGCACAUGCGUCGACCAAGAAGCAUAUGAAGCACUUAAACCUUAAACAGCAAAUCAAAACCACAGACGACAGCCCCUUAAACAGGUCAUCCGCCAGCAGCUCCAGCACCACUCCCUACAAGGUCAAGGUGAAGUCGCAGCCAAAAACUUCCCCGGUAAAAAAGGAAAAAAUCAGUGCAUCGGAUCAGUCCGUCGACUACGAGGAAAUCAUUGAGAACCUGGCACUUUACGAACCAGAGCAGGUCAUGUUCUCAUCGUGCUCCCUGACCGGCGGCGGCGAGCAAAGGCUAGAGGACGACGUUGAAGGCGAGGGCGAGAUGUCCACCAUCAGCAUUAUGGACGAGGAAAUGGUCAACAAGGCAGUGGCCAAUGCUCUGCGCACCCAGAAGGACAGCUCCCAGAUCUUCGGAGACUUUGUGGCCGACCGGCUACGACAGUUGAACACCGACGCCUCCGAGUUUGCCAAGGACAAGAUAAUGAAGGUGAUAUUGGAGGCAGCGUCCAUCGAUCGGGCUCCCACUUAUAAUUAAAAUAUUAGUUUUUAGUAUUGACUAUAGUUUGAAUAAAACAUGAACUGUACAAUUAUGAUUAAUUAAAUAUGCAACAUUUUUGCUAACCUGGGAGGCUUACUUCUAUUCGAAAUUUGUAAGGAAAAAAAAUUGUAAAUUUGUAAAAAAAAAUCAUUUUAUUAUUUAGUAAAUUUUGGAUACAUUUUUAUUAUUACUUUGAAACACCUUAAUUUUGUAUUAUUAGUAAAUAUUUUUAAAGAGAACCAACUGCACUAUGU